UGGCGACGAGCUCCCGAAAACAAAACACCAUCAAAACAUCACACUCAAGAACCCCCCCCGACGAAUUUCGCAACGCUGGUAGACCGUAAACCGGCGCAAUGCAGCGAGAAAAUCGCUCUCGGGGCCCCGAGAGCUCUCGCCGCCGGUGGUACGAGUCUCGCGACCGCGAUCCCAGAGAUCAGGGAGAUUCGCGUCAGCAACCAUCGCUGCCACCACAACAACAAUCACAAUAUCCCCAACAACCAGUCCCGCAAAUGUAUCAACAACGCUCUCAGCAACGAGUAUAUGACCCGCAACUUUAUGAACAAUCUCCAAUGUAUCAACAAUCACCGCAGUAUCCGCAAUUUCCACCACCUCCUCAGCAAUAUCAACAAUCGCAACGUUACUCCAGCGCGCCGCCUCAGUCGGUGCCUGAAUAUAAUAGCCCUUAUCAGCCGCAGCAUAAUUCACAACGACCACAGACACCCUCAAGUGUUUUCUCGUCCUCAAGUGACACAUCGACAUCGCUAUUAGAUAUCUCGCGAUACAAGGACACGAAACAGUUUGGUGGUGUUUUUGGCACAUUUUUCAAGGCGCCUUCAGACCGUGUCAAACAGCGUCUCCACAGAAAGAAGAAGCAGAAGCGCCGUGUGCUUUACUUUGGUAAUUCAUCAUCCUCUUCUGUGAACUCUGACCUAGCCUACGGACAGGGAUACGUCCGGCAACCAAAAAGCCGUACCCUGAGCCCCCGAAGUCAAAGCCGUGCCUCUGGUCAAGGCUAUACCUUUUCUCCAGGUCAUGGCCCGAGUCAAGGACAUCGUCGGCGCAGCUCUGGGGGGUCUGAUCGCGCAUCGCGGCCGACUCCUCGGAAGAAGACCGCCGAUGAAGAGAUAAUGGCCCUUGGCCAGCAACUCUCUGACUUAGCGCGGCGGUCCAAGGAAGACGAGCAACGCCUAUCCAGCCGAGGAUCAGGCAAGGGUAAGGCGGCUGCUCUGGGACUUGCAGCCGGCGCAGCUAUGGCAUCUGGUUAUGGCCGACAGAAACCUGGCUCACGGGGAUUGGGUAGCUCAAAGCAGCGCGUCGACACUUCGGAUGAUGACUCAGACUGGGAGGAUGCCUCAGACGAUGAGUCGUCUAGUAGUGAUGACGCUGGCUCAGCUGCCGACUCAGAGCUUGCAUAUGGCAUCGUUGGCGAAUCUAUCAAGCCCGCAGUCGGUGCCGCAGCAGUCGCAGGAAGUGCAGCAGCCACAACCGCUAUGGCUGGCUCUAGAAAACCCUCAGGUCAAAGCGCAGCGUUUGACUACCGGCGAUAUGGAGACCGGGGUUCUAUCGUUGACCCCCGCCUCUUUGGCCCCUACAACUCUCUUCGAGGCUCAAUUAAUACUCCAUGUGGCUUCCGGGAUGACGAACAGGCUGCUGCGUACCGCCGCGACUCUGCUAGCCUAGAAACUGGUGGACCAAUCCAGAUGCGAGAUGUGUAUCCCGUUCCUACCUCUGAUCCCAACCGAUUUGACGGAGGACGAUUUUCAACGUCCGACAGGCGCCAGGAUUCUUCAACUCGACCUGCGCCGGUUCCCCUGCAACAGCCGGUCCCCAAGCAGGCGGUUUCAUCAAAAGUUUAUAAUGCAGAAAAACUUGAUGACAUAAACCGUAGGGAAUCUCGGCAGCGCAAAUCCGAACAGCCUGACGAAAAGGGCUGGGGCGGAGUUGCUACCGCUGGUCUUGCUGCAGCAGCGGUCGGUGCGGCCAUGGCAUCUUCAUCAUCUUCGCGAAAAGACAAUCGCGAGAAUCGUGAUGCGAAGAAGCAUGACCGUGAUGACCGGGACCGCCGUGAGCAAAAGCGCAUCGACCUGGAGCGCCAGAGAGCCCUAGAAGCGGAGGAGCAAAAACUCAAGGAGCUCGAGCAUCAAAAAGCCCAAGAGUUAGAACGGCAAAAAGCCCAAGAUCCGGAACGCCAGAGGCUUGACUGGGAACGACGCCUGGCCCACCACACCCAGCGACAGGAGACAUUGGAGAAUGAGCGUGAACGAAAUGUGAAAUGGGAACGUGACUACCGAGGAUCGGAUCCUGAGCCUAUCUUCCCCAAGUAUAAUGAUGAGCGAAAAUCUUCACGACAUGAUGAUGAUGAUGACGAUACCCCCACGGAUAGAACGGAGAAGAAGAAUGUUGAUGUUAUAAUUGCGUCUCAAAGGGACCAGGGCGAAGGUGGAGUCUUCCGUAUUGAAUCGGGGCCGGAGUUCCAAGUGUUGCGUGAGCCCGUUGUCCAAGCUGACAAUAGCGAGCGUGAUGCGACUCAAAAUGGUCGCGACCUUCCUCUGCCUGUCGGUGCUGGUCAUCGCUCUCUAAGCGACCCAACUCAAUCUGCACAUGAGGCCAUCGAUCCCUUCCAGUAUCAAGUUGCGGAUGAUGCAUUCACCAUGUCUCAAACAACCACACCUGGCCGCCCCCUUACACCUAAUGUUGUCACCAUUGAGCGCGAGCCCAAUUUCGACGACUCACCGCCAAGUACUUCCGCAGCCGACGCUCGGUUAAGCCGACGAGACUCGUUCGAGAUUGAGCGUAUGGUUGACGAGUACCGUCGGGAGGCUCAAGAAUCAUCACAACGUCACGAUACUCAAGCUGCUCAUGAGUUCGAAGAGGACGAGCGAAAGGCCAAAUCUAUUCUUGAUGAGGCCAAACAUGCCACGAUUCCUGUUGCAGCUGCCGCAAUAGCAUCCGCCGUUGCAGUCGAACAUGAGCGCUCCCAAGAGCACAAAAACCGUGGUUACCCGAACAACAGAUCUCAAGAUAGCUCAAGAGAUCGCAAGGAUACUGUGCAGGAGGAAGCAGACAGGUACUACCGUGAGGCCUGCAUCGCCCGAAAAAUUGCCUCCGACGAACUACGAUCUCGAAGUGCAUCCCCCGAGCGAUCUGUCGUCGACAAGUGGCAAGAAGAUAAGAAUGAUCCGUUCACGAUUGUCACACCGCCGACCAUGGAAGACAAGCACCCGGAUAAUAACAUGUUUGAUGGACCAGAUGCAGAUGUGAAGAUUGAUAACAAGAUAUAUCCCCGGGAAGAGCGCCAUUUCCGAAACCUGGGUGAUAAUUCUUCCGCUCUUGUGUUGAGGUCAAGAGAGCCUUCACGAGAGCGUCCUGUCCUCAAUCUGAUAUAUCCUACCCCUGCCACAAGUCGCCAACAUACGCCAGUCCCUCGAGCGCGAGGUACAAGACAGGCGGAUGACGGAGUACCCACGCCUGACGAUGUCAGCAUUGGACCUAAGGGUGAGAUCAUCUCUGCUAGCGAACCCGUCUCUGUUGCCAAAUCUGUUAGCUGGGGCGAGAAUGAGACGAAGAGCUUUGAUGUAGACACGCCAGAGAACCGAAGCGAUUCCGACAAUUACUUUCCUACUGAUAAAUCAUCCGAUAAGCCCAGGCCGAAGCUAAACAAGGCGAGCCGCUGGGGUAUUCUUGCCGCGGCACUGGCUGGUAGCAGCGCCGAGCCACAUAACGAACCUGAUAUUGUAGUGCCAUCCAAGAACUCAGAUAUCCCCAGAAGCUUUCCGGAUGAAGCAAGCAGAGAUAUCUCUGCUCACAGGGUUGAAGACGUUUCCGGUGACGAUAUAACACACGAACCUCCAAUUCCUGGGCCCAAGCCUCCAAGCCCACAUCCUCAACAGAUGCCUGGCGGCUUUGCAGAUGACUUUGAGUUUGCUGCUACUCUUGCUGCGGGCCUGAAGGAUACUGGCUUCAACCCCGACAUUGUCAUUGAUGAUCCCUCCUACAGUCGGCGUGACUCUCCUCCAGGGGUCCAAGAGGCAAACGGUGACUCUCAUGGCAGCACAAAUGGCAAUUCCUGGUACAAGCGACCUUACGCCGAGGUCAUUCCCGAGCCCAGAAAUGAUAACGUUCCGAAACUUCUCCCCGAGCAAGGGUUUGUUCUCGGGGAGGUUGAGACCCCUCAGGAAGCGCCUUCUGUUCGCUACGAAGGCGAGCGCGACAUCAAGCCAGACUCGCCAAAGCCUGAAGACGUGCCAAUUCCUCGCGACAGUUCUGAUACUCCCAAGUUGAGCAAGCGAGAACAGCGCAAGCGAGACAAGUCUGACGUUGUUGUUGUUCAGGAUGAUGGAAAGAUUGAGAACGUCAAAGCGGAGCCGUCACCUUUAAGGGAGAUUGGCGAGGAGGUAUGGGAAGAUACCACUCGCAAGAGAGGAAAGAAGGAUCGCAAGGGCCGCGAUUUUGAUGACAUGAGCCCGAGAACUUCUUCUAUCGAUCACUACGCAAGCUCGUCCCGCGACGCCCCAGAUCAUGAUCUUGAAUCGAACAACAGUCUUGCGGACUACGAUCGCAGCCAGAGCUUCAACGCUGCGGAUAUCGCCAAGGUGGCUGUGCCAGCCCUCGCUUUGGGUGCCCUUGCCUCCUCAAGUUCAAGAAACACACCCUCUCGUGACGUUCGCUCCGAAGACGAGCAAGACGUUCCCAAGAAGUCGCACAAGCAUUGGAAUGACGACGAUCACUACUAUGACGACGACAGAUCUCGCGUCUCCGCCCCUGUGAAGCCUUCGCACCAUCGCCAUUCAUCUCGAGACGUAUCCUCCCGGGACGUUCGAUCAGACGAUGAGCGGGAAGGUCACAGGCAUUCAAGCAAGCAUAGGAAGGACCGCGAUUCUCGCGACGAUACCAGAUACCGAGGUUCUUCUACACUGGACCCCACUGAUCGACGGUCCGCAAGACGAGGAGCAUCUCGAGAUCGUUCAAGGGACCGUUCAAGAGAUCAUAGGUCUAGAGAAAGGUCUAGAGACAGACCUAGAGACAGGUCAAGGGAUAGAACAAGAGAUCGAUCUCAUCACAGAAGGUCUGACGAUGAUGAGAGGCCAAAAAGAUCGAAGCGUCACUCCUACGGCCAUGACUCGCCAACCCGGUCAUUAGCAACCUCCGAAAUAUCUGUUGGCAGUUCAAGCAGCAAGAGAAGUAAGAAGUCGAAACGAAGGAGUGGAGCCGAAGAAGACUUCGACGACAACAGAGAGAGCCCAUCAGAUCGAAGACGUGACUUCUUUGACGACCGAGAUGUUAGCUCUGUCGUAUCUGAGUCGCGUGGAGAUGACCGUCGGCGCGAGAGCGGACAUAGACGCAAGUCUUCGCGUUACGAUGAUGACGACGUGAAAUCAGUUGCAUCCAUGCCUGACUCGUCUCGCCGGGACAGGGAGUACAAAGAACGUAGAACUCCUGAGAAGCGACCAAGCAGCAGUGUUCUUUCUAGCCUCUUCAAAUCACGCAAGGACAAGAAGGAUUCUUUUUUAGAUAAUGCCGGCACCCUUGGCGCGGGUGUCGGCUUAGCGAGUGCAGCAGCCAUUGUUGCAUCUGAUGCUGCUCGUUCCAACGCCGCCGAUACCUCAUCAGAUCACGAGAAUUCUGUCUCUCGUGAUGGCCGCCCUCGUGCGCGCAGCUUCGAACUGGUUGACCCCGAAGUCGUGCCCCGCGUUAUCAAACCAGCCAUUGACCCUCAAUAUGGCGAUCUCCUUCCACUACCUCCUAGUGAACCAACUAGCCCUUCUUCUGGUCCGGAGGAACUACCUCCUCUUCCUGACAGCAGGCCUGAUACCCCCCCAGAGGAGCGUAUUAUCCGACGAGAUUCGCGGACUCAUCAACGACGCCGUAGCGUUUUUGACACGCCCACGAAAUCACCCAGUCGAACCGCUGUUCCUAUCGCCCUUCGUUUGGGUAACAGGUCAAAUCCCGCUUCUCCUGUUAGCUUCAAGGCAUCCCCCGCUAGUUCGCCUAUCACGUCUCAUUCGGAUGCCGUGGUCAUGUCAAGGCGAGCAGCUCGACCAACUUCUUGGGACAACAGUCGAGAAAUCAUGCCUCUGUAUCUUCUUGAACACUCACGGCACCAACAACCAACAACUGGCUCAGUGCUACCUGCGCUCCCACCCAGUGAGCCUAGCGAGACUUCUGCAAGGAACUCACCCGAAUCCGAGUUCCUUAAGCAUAGUGACGAUUAUUUCGGCUCUGGACUUGACUUUACUGGGCCUGAUCUUCGUGUUGACACCGAGCUCUCGGAGCAGCAUCCCAAGGACUCUGUCGCAGGAUCUCAGGAAACCACGCCUCGCGCAGAGUUCAUGCCCAUGCUUCCAGGCCCUCUCCCUUCUGAUGCUGCCGAAGAGCAUGCGAAGGAACCCACGACUCAUCUCCCGAUGUCUGUGGAAACCAUCAAUAAGGAUAUGGAAACCGACGUCUCCUCUGCUUCACCAUUGCCUUUUAAUGCUUCUGCUGUGGCUGUUCCUGCCGCCUUGGCUACUCCUGCUUUCUUCGAAAGCCAGAAACGCACUGACUCGCCCGCAAACAAAACGGAUGACCUCACAUCUCCUGAUGGGCGUUUCUCGGACGCUCUCGAGGGUCACUCAGAGCAGAUAUCACCAGGAGAAGCUGUUCUCAAAUCUCUCACUGCCGAUCUGCUCAUAGAGCCUUCUUCUCGAUCUGCCACCGAGCCUGUUGUCGUGCCCGUCACUGAACCUGUCACUGAGCCCGUCACUGAGCCCGUCACUGAGUCUAUUACUGAUCCUAUUACUGAGCCCGUUACCGACGCUAUGACUGAGACUGCACCUAAUUCUUCUGCAAUUUCUGCCGAGGUUACCACAUUCAAGGAAUCCGCAACUCCCGAACAAGAUGAAGUUGCUGUUGCCACUAACGAAGCCCUCGAGCCUAUUCUUGCAGACUUGUUAAUAGAGGAUAACACCCGAGGACUCGCAGUUGGGCCUUUAGUUGAGGAUGUCACAGCACUGUCUCCAGAAUUUUCGUCACAACCCGUCGAAGAGGCAGCCCCCGAGAUAGUUGAGCCUUCCGAUGACCAGAAAACCAAAACUGCUAUCGACACUACUUACGAAACUCCCGAACUCAUCAGUGCGCCGGACAGCAUAUCUCUCACAGAACCCAUUGCUGAAGAUGUCUCAGUAAGUGGUUCCACGACGAAGUCCGCGGCUCAGCCUAUGGAAGAAGAACGAAUUACCGAUACUGCUCGCGACAUUACUACCGGCGUGACCAACCCUAUUACCGAGCCACAAUCGGUAGCAGCUAUUGGUGCCCAUACUGAGCCUGCUACUGAAGACCCGCAAACACCGUUCGUAAAGCCUGAGGAUGCCGUCGCCCAGCGCGCAGAAAAUGAGAUUACCACUGAAGAGUGGUCAAACAUGAACGCAAAGGACAGGAAAAACAUGAAGAAAAAGCUUAAGAAGAAGGGACUUGAACCGAUCAUUCAAGAUUCAUUCGACAUUCCAGUCCUGGCUACCAGGAAGGAUGACCAUGCCGUCCCAGGCGACGAAGCUGCCGCAGUGAAUGAAUCUUCUGAAACAAAGCCGGCUGUGGAUGAACCCGAGCCCACCCACGAAUCGACACCCCAGCCCUCUGAGGAUCCUUCUGCCGACCCAUUCGCCACUGAAGAAGUCGCGAAACCCCAAGAGCCUACGGCUUCGCAUCAGGAACAGCACACGACCGCACGUUCUGAAGAGGCACAGGAUGUCGAUGAGCAAAACAAACCAGUCGAUUCGAACUCAUUGGCGGACCGAGAAGCCGAAGAGUCACCAAGAGGGCUAGACAACGCCAUUGAAUCUGUGGUACCACUAAUUGAGCCUGAACCUGUAAUCGAAUUCUCUGCCAAUGCUCAAGCUGCCACGGAGGCGACUUCCAACACCGCUUCAGCUAUUGCUGAAACGGCUUCCGAAGAGCAACCAGUGUCUCCAUCCAAGAGUAAGAAGAAAAAGAAGAAGAGCAAGACGCAGCAGCCAUCAGAAGAGGAAGCAACUCCUGUAGAACCAACAAUCACUGAAGUUGAAGGCACAGCUCCAGUUGAAAUUCCUGAAGCUGAAAAAGAUGCCUUUGAUGCUUGGACAGAGCCAGUCGCGCCCACUGAACCCCCCGCUGAAUCAUCUGAAACAGUUGCUCAUGGCGACUCAGGUUCUAUAGUAGAACCACUCCCAGAGGUCCCUGUUGAGCCUGCUGAUGCAGAUGCAUUCGAUGCUUGGGCCCAACCAGAUACCAUGACUGAGAACGUAGAUGCUCCGGAGAAGGCACUGGACAAAUCUACAAAAACUUCUGACCCGGCUUCUGAAGCCCCGAUUGUAUCAACACAGGCUGACAGCGCCGCUAACCCCAAGUCAAAGAAGAAGAAAAAGAAGAAGAAGGGCGCUAAAGCCGAUGAUGAGCCAGCGGUGGAGAAACAAGGCGUGCCUCAAACAGGGGAACCUCUUCAAAUUGAGGAAGCUGGAGACAAUGAAGCGAUUCAGGAUACCAACAAGAGUUUGGUGGAAGAGCCACCCGUUCUGGUAGCUGUGACUAAUCCUGAGCCCGCCGAUGUUGCUCAAGACAAUGAAACCUCGGAAUCACAGCCUGUUUUGUUAUCAAAAGACGAUGAUCAAGUUCUUGAUCGUGGAAAGUCUUCUCCAGUCGAGGCUCCUGAGCCUGACGAUCUAGAGUCUAAAGGUGAUGUCGACUAUCAUCCGUCCGCUGGUGGUCUUCACACUCCCGCCAAAGAUGCACGAAAAGACAGACAAAGCCAAGGAUACUUUCCAUCUGCCCUUCGUGCACUUCCCGCCACGGCUGGAAUCUCUGCUUUCAAGAGGAUGUGGGGAUUCCGGGACCAAGCGCAAGCGCAGUCACAGAAUAAAUCGCGCGAACCUCAACCUGAUGCUCAGACCCAGCCUGAUGUAGCAAGUGCUGACAAGUCAGCGGUAACAGACACCAAGGCUGAUAUUACUACACCGAGAAUCGAUCGUGACGCUCCCGGGGAUAAUGAGCCUGCUAGCGUAAGCGCUGAAAACCCAGAAGUUGCCGACAUCGAGCCAGAUGUUCCCGCUGCAGACACCGCUCCCGAUACGGAUGCCAACAAAGCGGCUCGCACCACAUUAGAGCCCCAUAUUUCUGAACCACUCUUCUCGCAAGGAGAUCCACCGGCAGACGAAUCUCAAGGAACUUCUUUUGGACUGGAGUCUUCCCAGGUCGAUGAAUCAGUUAAAGCCACCGAAGAUGCCAAUCAUGGCAUUCCUGCCGAGGAUGAAGUAACAACCACCCUGGACACACAGUCCACCGAGACCACCCCGGUCCCGGCUGCUAAGGAGGCAUCCGCCGAAACGUUAGAAGACAAUGGCACAAGUCCUCCGGCGACAAGCGUGGUGGAAGCAGCAAGGGCUACUGAAGUCGGGACCGAUGAAAUCAAGCAAGACCCCUCCACAACAAUUGGGGGUGAUGACGUUAAGUCUCCGGCAAACGAGACCACCGAAGCUACCUAUGAGGAUUCAACGAAACCAGCUGAGGCUGGUCUUAGCCAGCUUGCCAAAGAAGAACCUAUCAAUCCAGCAGAGGACGACGAUGCGAGACUUGCCGAAACAAGCCCAGAAGUGAGCACAAAGCCUGUCGAAGCCAGCACUGAAGAAGUGCCUAAAGAAGAUGCCAGCAAGACAACUGAAGGAGAAAGUGCGAAGUCUAUUGUGGAAACAACUAGCGAAAAUAUCGAAGCCGACGCAACGGGAUCGAAGAGGAAGGCGAAGAAGAACAAGAAGAAAAAGAAGAACCAAGCUAGCCAGGAUGAGGCUCCCGAGGAAGAGAACAAAGACAUUGCCAAGCACGUUGAAAUCAGCCAGGAAGUACCAGGUGGCGAAACAGCAGUAGAGUCUGGCAGAAAGACCCUUGAAAUUCCGGUGCUAGAUCCCGUGGUUGAAGCUUCUGGCCCUGUUGUUGAAAAUGCUCUUCUUGAUCAGAAGCCUGAAGACGAGUCGACACAUGGCAUAGUAGACGAACCAAGAAUCAAGCAUCAACCACAGUUUGAUGAUAGGUCGGUUGAGAAGGAACCUCAAGAGCAGCCACCGUUGGAUACUGUUUCAGUGGAACCGCAAACUAGAGAACGGUUGCAGACUGAUGAUCAGUUAGCCGAGAACGGGCACAAGGAACGGCCACCGAGUGACGCUGAGCCGACUGAACCUGAAGUCAAAGAACAAUCACAAACUGAUGAUCACUCAGCGGAGCAUCACGUUCCAGAUCAAUCUUCGACCGGAGAAGAGCCAACUAAGCCUGAGGUGGAAGAGUUGGCGCACAUGAAUGACGAAUCACCUGAAUCUGGGCUAAAGGAACAGCCUCAAGCCAACGACGAGCCAUCUCAGCCUGAAGCUGAAGAAGAGCCCCAAAUGGGCGACGGACCGGCCGAGGCUGUGGCUAAGGAACGAUCGCAAACCGAUCUCCCAAUGGGGCCUGAUACCGAAGCACAGGCACCCACAUUUGGCAAAUCCACUGACCUUGAUGUUAAGGAUGAAUCACAAACAGCAGACAUAUCAGUUGGGCCUGAAACAAGAGACGAAGCACAUAGUGAGAAGCCAGUGGACGAACAGCCACUAAAAGAACUACCACCGACCGCUGAUGACCUUGCCCCUACAUUUACUCUUGAUGAAGUCCUGCCUUCAGAGAGAUCAGAUACUCAUCCUCAGGAAGUGGAAGCCACUGGGGAAAAGCCCUCUCUCGCAGUUGAGGAUGCUGAAGCAGAGAGCGAGAAGGCAGAGAUCGAAACCCUUCUCGAGAAGAAGGCGAAGAGGAAUGGACGUCUUUUGAAGAAGGAUCAAACACGUCUUACUGCCCUUGAAGAGAGUGCCGCUCGAAGGCUAGCGUCACCAGUCGUCCCUGAAGUCGAAGAGCCAGUUUCUGAGAAACCGAUGGACCUCAGCAAUACCGAUGGACCCGCUCAGGAGUCUGAAACAAGCGACAUAUCAAAGAAGGCCGAGGGUACUCUGGACGAUGACAACCGUCACCCGAAGGAGGAAGUGCCUUCUGCCAGACCUCCGGAUGUCAGUGAAGUCCGCGCCAAUGAAAUUUCUACUGAAAGUGAGGCUCGAGAUGCUGGUCAAACGACUGAGACCACAGAUGCGGAAAUGUCUCUGCCGGUUGUUGAAGGGACCGAGGAAAGCAUUGAUGUCGUUGACACGGUUGUGACUACUGAGCCUCAAGAUGCUACAGCAGCUCCUGAAGGCGAAAUUUCAGAGCUGGCAAGCACCAAGAAGUCUAAGAAAAAGAAAAAGAAGAAAUCGGUAUCUCUCAUUGAGAACGAGGAAGUUCAAGAUGCAGCAACACAGAACAGCGAACCGCCUGUUUUAGUAUCCGAACCUGAGCGCCUGGAUCAGCCUACAGCCAGUGUCAACGAAGUGCCGGUUGCCGAACCUGUUUCCCAAGCCUUAGUUUCCAAGGAGCCGUCAAAUGAAGUGCCAUCAAAGGAUGCUGAACAGCCCGACAUCCCUGCUGUGAGCCAUCUCUUGGAGCCUACAACCGAGAGUACGGCCAUUGAAAGCCAGCUUGAAGCAACUUCGGCUGCUAUUGUGGAAGAGGCCGAGCCAGAGACCUCAUCUGAUAAGAAGAGCAAGAAAAAGAAGAAGAAGAAGAAGAAUGCUUCUUCUGACGAGCCAGAGAAGCAGCCUGAAGCCGAGCCUACACCCCAAGAACCUUCCGAGUCAACUUCUGGAGAUUUGAUCUCUGAUAAUGCCAAGAACUCUGCCUCACAAGAAGCAAACUCCAACGUUGCCCAGACUGCAGAGUCAAGCGGCAUUGAACCCACAGAGACGCCUGUCCCUCAAGAUGAGCCGUCGCCUCCUAUUGAGUCGGAAGUGACAAACACUGUCGAGACUGCCCCAAUAGAUAAUGAGCAGACACAGCCAGCUGAUGCCAAGACCAUCGUAGAAACCCCUUCUGCCCAGGAACCAACACCAGCCACCGAGAGGCCUGAUAUUGCAGCACCCGAUGAACCUCCCUCCGAAAAUCCUCCGAACGUCGAGGACCCCGAUUCACCGGCGAAACUGUCAAAGAAGGACAAGAAGAAGAAGAAAAAGGCCGAAAAGAAGAAAGCUGCUCUUGAAGAAACUCAGCAAACUGAGACUGAGCCUGGCCUUGCUACUACUUCUCAGAAUGCUGAAGAUUCAGCCGAUCCUGGAAUCAAUGCCCCAGCCGAAAAUCCUCAAGACACGCACGAUGAGACCCUUAAACAGACCGAUGAAAACGAGACACCUGACACAGCGAUUCCUUUGGAGGAUAAAAUGACUCCUCUAGCCGACGAUAUCAAUGUACCAGAUACCGGAAAUUCCGGAGAGCUUCCAAGCGAAGAACCAGCUGGUCCUGAAGACGAGCGGGGUGGGUUUAGCCUCAGUCAAUCCCAGACCGACCAAAAGAAGAAGGCUAAAGACAACGAUUUUGAAAUCCUGCAGGACCCCGAGACCAACCGUCCAACGGAGCCGGAGACGAUUCCGGAUCCGGAAAAGCAGGACGUCGCCGCCGCCGCCGUGGAUGAGGCCCAGAGCCAAGGAUCUACCGAGGGUACAAAACGGAAGGAGGACAAGAGCAUAGCUGGUGAUCUUGAAGCCUCUGUCGAGCCCGAGACGAAGCUGGAGCCGGAAUCGGAACUGGGACAGGAACUAGAAGACAAUAAGGAGUUUGCUGGCUUGUCAAAAAAACAGAUCAAAAAGUUGAAGAAAGCUAAGGCUCUGGCUGCCUUGGACUCCUCAUCCAAACCACAGACGCCCAAGGGAACCGAAGCCUCAGAAGAGGUAACAUCGGAACCUUCGGCUGAAGCUGGAUUGGAGGAGUCUGAACCAAAGCCCCAGGUUCAAACCGAGCCUGUUGCUCCAAGCCCCACCGAGGCAGACCCAGAGCCUGACUUUAAGAUUGAGAAAGAAACACUCCCGGAGAUUGAGGAGAUUGUACCUAUAAUUGAGCCUGUCAUUGAAGCUGAAUCCGAGUCGAAAAACGAGACUCAAUCUCUGGACAACACCAAUAUUCACUCUGCGACUGGACAAGCCAUUGCUGAGCCUGAAGCUGAUGCCGACAUCCAGGCAUCACAACUCGAAUCUAAGCAACAGACAGCCCCCGGACAGGAUAUCAUUGUUCCUGCACUGGAGGUUGAUUCUGAAGAUAAAGCCGCUAAUCUUGGUAAAGAGCCAAUUACUAAUAGUACAGUUGAGCAGAAGAGCGCGGUGGAAACAGAUGGCUCAUUAGAAUACUGGGCUUUGCCAAGACAAACACUCAAAGAGCCUCUUGAUACGAUUGAAGUCUCUGGCUCAAAAGCUGAGGCGGAAAAGGAGGCCGAUGUCGCAGCCAAGCCAAAUUUCACGGAAGAGCGUAUUCAAGAUCCCUCACCCUCUUUCGUAAGGAAGGAUGAGAUGAGAGACAGCACAUAUGCCAGGCUAUCUGAGGAAGCUGCUGCUUCGACGGUGCUCGAGUCUUCUUUGUCCAUUGAGAAUGUAUCGACAGACGCACCUCUCGAAUCCGCGGAUGAAAUUGCUCUAGGACAAGCCACUGAUGAUAACAUUGAGUCUCUUCCGCAGCUGUCUCGAGCUUCUGCAGAACCCUCUUCAGAGCUCGACUCCGUCAGUGGGAACACUGAUUUUCUACGUGGCACCAAAAAAGGCAAGCCAGAUCACACCCGGGAGCUCAGUGUCACAAAUAUAGCUGCUUCUGAUAUCAUUGCCUAUGAUGCCUUCAUCUCCUCACCACAGCAGAUUGCAAUGAAGGCAGCUGAGCAAUCUCCUCUAGACAUAGAGUCUCUUGAGGCCAACCCCUCGCCGCCGGGCACAACUGAACAAGCGCCUGAGUGUCUGGAAAUCUUAGAUAUUCCCGCCCAGCCCAAGUUGGCGAACCCUGCUUCUCAGGCUCAUGAGGAGCCGCAUACUCUGCCUAUCCCGUUCACCGUUGAUGCGGGUAUUGGUGCUUCCAGUCCAGAGAUAGCGCCUACAGCUACUUCUGUACUUUUCAAGAAUUCAGCAGACCCUGGUCACGGUAUCAUUGAGGCCCCUGAAAGUUUGUCUCGCGCAGAGAAAAAGAAGUUGAAGAAAAAGAACAAGCAGAAGGCUGUCAAUGAAGAUGCCGAGGAGGCGGAGGAGCCUAGCAAACCCGUCGACGUCGACACCCCUUCAAACCUUGCAGUCGUUCAUGAAUUGAUGACACCUGCAAAUCCUCCAGCAAACUCCGUAAUUAGUGCUGCAUCCACGUCUGAACCAGGGGUAGGCUUGGGAGCCUCUGAUUCCUCUGCAUCUGCCGUGGAAUCCAAACCAAUGAUUCCUCUUCAGAUUGCUGUCGACGUAGAAAAUGAGAAACAAGACCGAUCUACGACGAAGAGGACAACAGAACCCACUUCUGAACCAUCCUCUGGGCCCGCUACUUCUGAAGGCAAAAUCAAAGCAUCGGAUGGUGUAGGCAGCCUAGAAUCCGAACCAGUCAAUGAGGCCGAUGAAAACCAAGUGGUCGGGGAUCUUGCGACGGCGUUUCCGAGCUCUCAACAUAUACCAGGAGCGACUAUUGAUCUAGCCUCUUGUGAACGUGAGGUUGUUGAACCUUCUCCUGGCCGUGAUUUCAGUGCGCCCGAGAAGAUUUUACCUGAUUCUCCAAACCAGGGCAUUGAUACUACAGGCGGGAAACAUCCUCAAUCCUCAGGCCCUCAACGAGCUGAGAAUGAGUUUACUACCGAAGAGUGGGAUGCCUUCUCUUCCAAAGACAGGAAGAACAUGAAAAAGAAGUUAAGAAAGAUGGGUCUUGACCCAAUCAUCCAGGCUUCUUUUGAGCCGACCCAUUCAAUUGGCAAACCUCUGCCCGAAGUUGUGUCCGAAACGAGACCUUCCAUAUCUCAAAUCGAGCCAAUUAGUGCCGAAAGUAGCGGACAACCUGUGCAAGAUCUGGAGGCGUCAAGGGCAGUGUCACCCUACGAAGGCGAGAACAGCAUCUCUACUAGUAAAGAUAAUACUGGGAAGGGAACGGCCUUCGAAAUUGGCAAUGACCCGGAUAAGUCAAUUGAGCCUGCACCAGAACCUCGGGAUACCCACGAGCGCUUUCUCGUAGACGCAGCACCUGCACCUGAGACACAAUCAAUCCGUGAGACUGAGCUGGAUCAACAGAAGCCGCUGGACGGUGAUACUAAACAUUCUGCGAUGCAGAAAACCAAGAGGGAAAUGAGCAACGACACAAAGACGGAUGACGACGUUCGCGCUUUGACCGAGCCACAAAUCGUGGCAGAGACACCCAUGUUUUCUGAAGACAAUCAGCACGCGCCUGAUGCGCAGGAAGACGUCCAUGGUUCUCUGCUGCCUGAGAACGCAAACAUACAGGAGCCGGGAAGUGAUGGCGCACCAAUUCCAUCAACUAUCGCGCCAAAGUGGGAAUCACCACCACCGAGCAAGCCAAAUCAAGAAGUGAAAACAGAGCAGCUCACUAGCCAAGCCCCCUCGACUCCAGACUUAGAACACUCGUCCACAGAUAUUCCAGAGAUCGAUGCGGGGCUUGUCGGCGCUACAUGUGCCGUAGAGACGCCGACACAACAGGAAAUACGGGAAGCCAGAGAUGAAGUGGCACCAGCUCUAGCAUCUGACAAAAUGUCAGAGGAGACCAAGGAGACCAGAGAACACCAGGAGUCUGUCCUUGUACCAGCAGAGAGUUUCACAUACGGCGAUGAGCCAGCCGAUUCUGCUGGGGUUGAUACGGACCACGAAGCCUACCUUCCUGCUGCUGAGCUUGCUCAAAAGCAUCAAAUUGACAACAAUUAUGGCGCGGUCAUAUUCGCUCCAUCAACAGAUCACCCCCCAACCAUGAUUGAACAUCCAGCACUUGGCGUCCCACAAGAAUCCCCCGAACAAGCGAUGAGCCUUGAUUUGGCUGAAACUAGCAAUGCUGAUAACUCAGCCCAGGCUUCCAGGUCCCAUCUGGACACCGAAGAAAGCUCUGGCCCACGAGUGAUUCCUGUCAAAGAGUCUGAUGAAUCUAUGCACACAGGCGCACCUUCAACUUUAAAGGAUGUGGAGUCGUCUGAGUCGACAGAACCUCGGCACGAUGCCACCACACGAUCAGCGAUUAAGGCCCCUGAUUCAAGAACCGACACAUUAAAUGUCUCUCCAUCUGAUGCACAUGCCGAGAUGUUCCAGGGAGAUAUUGUCAAUAUCAGGCGAGGCGACGAGAGUGUCACUCCUUCAGAGAAGAAAGAAAAGAAGCAGCCUUUGCCGAAUCCAUCCAUUGCUACUCUUAUACUAAGCAAUGCCAACGAAGAGUGUGCAGUCUUGGACGAUGCCCAAACACAACGGGAGAUUCAAAACCAGCCAAAGCCUGUUGAUGGAAUAUUGAGCGAUCUUCAUGAAACCCAACCAGAAACCGGACUUCUCACCAUUGAUCAGGUUGGGAUCGAUAACAGAGCAGCACCAGCCAAGUCGGGUACUAUCUUCCUGGAGCCGGAAUCACCAUACGUACUAAAGCCUACAACAGCCGCAGCUGAGAUCGAGAGUAACUGUCACCCCGGUAUGCCUGACGAAUCAACUGUACCACCAAAGCGAAUCGGAGAAGCAACUCAGAUGGAAGAUGCAACUAAACUGCACUUCCAGAAGGACAAGAAUAUGAAGACGAGCCACGCUUUGGAAGCGUUAAUGACAGAAGAGAAAACUUCCCCAGACCUAUCAAGCCGGACGCACACCGAGUUCCCCCGAGUUUCUGACAGCAUAUCGAUUCUGGAUGAUUCAAAACUGGACGAUAGUGCCCAAGAUGUUGUGCCGAACCUCGUACAUGUGCCUGAGACCCCAGGGCCAGGCCAGGCAUCACGUCAGGCCACAGAAGGAAAGCAAUACCUCGGAAACAAAUACAAGGAUGGCCCUAUUGUUGAUUCAACUGUCGCCGAGAAGGAAGAGACGGGGUUCCUUCUUCGAGAUUUCAGUACUGAACACCCCACUGUCAAAACUACACAAAGUCCUCCCCCCACGACAAGUAAAUCUUCUACUCUUAGCAAAGGCGAGCCGUCGCUAGCGCAGGUUGAAGCAAAUACAUCUGUUGGGCCUUCACCAAGACAAGUCUCUGAACCUUCGCCUGUUGCCGCAGAAGUUCCCCUUGUAAAGUUGGCCAAAAAGGAAAAGAAGAAGCAGAAGAAGAAGCAGAAGCAAGCGGAUCAUGAACCUGUCGAGGCAACAAGAGAAAUGCAUCAAGGUGUGCUAUCUGAUCAAGUUGUUUCUGACCAUCCUGUCAACAACCGUCUUCUCUCAGGACCGAAUGCCCCAGUUUCCGAAGAGCUUGUGACGACGGCCGUGUCAGACGAUUUACGGUCAAUACUGAUCAAGAAGGAACCCAGGAAUAAGGAAGAAACAGACAAGCAGCCACAGGAUGGUGAUCUAAUCCAUACCAAGCUUUUUCUGCCCGGAUUGGCAAUCGAAAGUCAGCCAGAUGCAGCCGUUCAAGUUGCAUCAGGUCGUGGAAUAAGUGAUAGAGCUCCUGCUCCGACCAAAGAUGGUUCCAUAGCCCCAGAAUCUCCUGUGGUAACUCCCACCGUGCGACAUAUCCCCGCAACUACACUUGCACAUGAUACUGUGGGCAAGGAUGCGGAAAUGACACCAGCUUCCGCGAGCCAUUCCAUUACGCCAAGGUCAGAGGAGACCAGGUCGAGUGAAGAUGCACGCUACAGAGGCAUGGCCUCGGAGGAAAGAACCAGUCUCUCCAAUGGGCCACCAAGUUUGACCGCGACAGUGACAGAGCCGCGUGACACCAAAUCUAUUGACAAGUUGUCGAAGAAACAAAAGAAGAAAGCCCAUGAGUUAGGCUUGGAAGUGAGAUCUGCUGGACCAUCAGUCUCACCAGAGCACGCAUCUGCCAGUGAUCGAGAUGCUCAGCUUUCACUUGCAAAUGAGACAAUACAGCUGAAAGAAACUGACAGAUCAGCAUCGCAAGUGGAUGAGCACCUACCACUCCAAGGGUAUCCUAUUAUUGGAAUUGCUGCUCCCCCUGUCAUGUCUUCUCAAGAAGCUGAUCUACCCUCGCCUGAGGGCUGGACACGCCCACUUCCUUCAUUUCCACAAGACCAGCUAUCUGGAACGGAUGAUCUCUCGGUUGCAUCGUUUCUUGCCCCAGUACAGCGUUCUGAACACGCUGCGUCUCAACCCUCAGGGGCAGGAUCCGACACCCCAUCAGCCUUCGAUGCAAAAGAGGAAAAGAAGAGCCUGGGAGAAUCCGAGCCGACUUCCAUAUCUCCGAAAGGAUCUCCUGAUGCUAACCCACAAGCCGUAAAGGAAUCUACAGAUCAGCUUGUACGCUCUUCAAAGGUUACAGCCGCCACUUCGGCGGUUUCGAAAGAUGAACCAGGCCUGCAUAAAUCCAGCAAGCCCAGUACAUCGACGUUUGCUGGAGUGAUUGCAGCCACUGCCGCAACGUUCAGCUCUGCCAUGUUCGGGGAUUGGACAGGAGGCGACAAGAGUAAAGGCGCAAGAAAAGAAGAAAAGAAACCAGAAGGCGAGGAUGGCACCAGGGAAGAAAGUAAUAAGGAACCGCAGAAUGGUAGGAAAGGCGCAACCAAAAGCUCAAAUGACACCAGAUUACCUGCAAGGGGUAUUGACAAAAGUCCACUGGGAGAGAACCUGACGCACCGAGAAGUCCAGGAUGUGAGGAGGAAGAAACCGGAAAAAGGCUUCGCCAGUGGUAGUGCGGACCACAAGGAAAGAAGUCACGACAUUGCUACGGAUGCUAAAGACAAGAGCGAACUGGCAGAAACAAAGCUAAAAGCUUCAAAAAAGUCAAAUAAUGUCACAUCGUCUGUUGAUGAGAUGCUGUUCGAUGCGCCAGGAAAGAAGAGGCGCUCAGAGAGCUACGAAGGAACAUCGGAAGUUCGUGGCACAGCUGAAGGUCCUUCGACCAAGCCGAAGAGAGAGCGCAAGUCAACUUCGCGGCGGUCACAUGCAGAAACUUCAGACACGAUGGAAAGUCCGGUGCUUGGCAAAGGAGAGUUGGAGCUGUUCAGAGGUUCCCCCAAGCCUCUUCUUCGCCGUGGAUCUGACGUUGAGGAGCCUAAGAGCGGUCUAUUACGAGAGGACAGCAAGACAUUCACACCACUGAUGGGAACGGAAUCAGACAUUAGUGAUCUACGACGAUCGCCAAGCAGACUCUUGGAGCCAGUCCCAGAGGUUCCCGAGGCCGAAGUUGAGCCAGCCAAGGAUAUAUUCGCAACACCAAAAGCCAAACGCGACAGCGCUCCAGUUGGUGAGGCAUUGAGCUUCCAGAGACGAAGUAGACGUUUGAGUGAAGAGGCACAUCGUGACAGCGGAUUUGGAGGAGAGUUAUCAACUCUAAGGCAAAGCAAACCUUCUAGUCAAGAGGCUUUACGCGAUAGUGGAGUGCAUACCGAAGACUGGGCUGAAAGAGAAAGUCAAACACAGCCAGUUGCAGACCGCGCGGUGUUGCAAACUCCUGAUCCACCGAGCGAGCGAAGACUGCGUCGAUCUCCGCGAGGCACACCAGUGUUGCGAGAGCCUGCAGUACCAGGACCAACACCGGAGCCAGAAAAGAAGAAACAAUAUGGGGCUCUUACUCCAGCCGGCGCAGCUGUAGCCGCCGUUGCAGCGGGUGCGGGCUUAGCGGCAGCCCUACGAGGGUCUGAGCCUUCAACUCCAAUUCCAACCACAAAUUCCAACCCGACUUCAUCAUCAGUUUCUGGUCAGAGAAGCGCUUCAGACAAUGCAACUCCUUCUCGUCGGUCAACACCACGUCUCGAGGGUUCAGGACGUCGCACUGUCUCUAACACCAGCCUCUCUCGGCGUCGGACCCCGGAGCCGCUUAAGUUGAGGCCUGAUAGCCCAGGCAUCAACCGCUCGUCAGGCACCCCCACACCACCGCUCCGCCGUGUUGACAAGCGAAUGAGCAGUGAUUUGCGGGCUCUACGUCAACAAAACACCACCGCCGCCGCACCCGUCAGUUCCACGCCUGUCGCAAAUGAGGGUCGCGCCCGUGCCAAGGAAAUGGCCGACGUCUAUGAUGGCUUCGGUGAGGGUCGCAUCGGCUCACCCCGAUCGCCAACCCGGCCACACAGCAUGCGCCGCCGACAAAGCAUGCAGGUCCUCGAACUCGAGAAUAAGGUCGAGCAGCUUAUGGCCGAGAACCGAAUGCUUACAGAAGCCCGCGCUAUGGCUGAGACGAGCCUUAGUCAACGAGCUGCCAGCAGUCUAGCCGAUCGCGAUGCCGAAAUCGACAAUCUCAAGCAAUCGUUACAAUUUCUUCAGAACGAAGUCUCCAGACUUACAGAAGUUAAUGACGGUCUUGCAAGCGCCAAUGCCGAGCUUGCAAGCAAAGACAAUGGCCGUGUAACUGAUCUUGAGAGCCGCAAUGCCGUUGUCACGCGUGAACUAGAAGAGGCUCGACGCGAAAAAGGCAACACCGAACAGUCUCUUGAAGCAAAGGACGCAGAAAUUGCCGACCUUCGUGCCAAACUGAGUUCCGCCAAAGAGAAAAUUCGUGACCUUCAGCGCCAGAUUUUAGAAGCCAAGGCUGGCGACGACCAUUUUCUCAACAUCCGCGACGAGGAUCAUUUCGACCAUCGUUGCCAACAACUUUGCUCUCAUGUUCAGCAAUGGGUGCUUCGGUUCUCCAAAUUCUCUGAUAUGCGCGCUUGCCGCUUAACAAGCGAGAUAAAUGACGAGAAAACAAUCGAUCGACUCGACAACGCCGUUCUUGAUGGAUCCGACGUUGACGUUUAUCUCCGGGACCGUGUGAAGAGACGCGAUAUCUUCAUGUCCAUGACCAUGAACAUGGUUUGGGAAUUUGUCUUUACUCGCUAUCUUUUUGGCAUGGAUAGAGAGCAGCGACAGAAGCUCAAGUCACUGGAGAAGCUGCUGACCGAGGUCGGCCCUAUCGAAGCGGUACGCCAAUGGCGCGCCGUUACCUUGACUUUACUGGCGAAGCGCGAAAGUUUCAAGCGCCAACGUGAUCUGGAUACAGAGGCUGUUGUUCAGGCCAUCUUCCAGACACUGUGCAAGAUCCUCCCGCCACCAUCAAACUUGGAGGAUCAAAUUCAAUCUCAGCUACGACGUGUCAUGAGAGAGGCCGUUGGUCUCUCGAUCGAGAUGCGGACGCAAAAAGCUGAAUACAUGAUGCUGCCGCCUUUGCGACCUGAAUACGAUGCGGAUGGUGAACUUACUGCGACAGUUCAAUUCAACGCAUCGAUGAUGAACGAACGAAGCGGCAACAUUACAACCUCGAAUGAAGAUCUUGAGGCUCAAGGUGCCAUUGUUCGGGUUGUUCUUUUCCCACUUGUCGUCAAAAAGGGAGAUGAUAAUGGCAAGGGCGACGAAGAGAUAGUGGUAUGCCCUGCACAGGUUCUUGUGCCCCGCUCCAAGGGUCUAUUUGGUGGCGCAAGUGAUGGUGGGAGCACUUCCAUCGGCGCUCGGAGUCAUAUUAGUCUUGUGACUGAGACAAUGGGUCAAACUGAGGUAGAUUAUGUAGAUUAAGGGAUACAGGAUAUGGGAAGAUACCACUUGGGAAAGGAAAAUAGGCGGUGUUUUGGGCUUUGAUAUUUCGGGGACAAACGCACUACGAGUGAGCAUUUCCUUUGUUUGUUUAUGGUUUGGGAAUGAAAGGGGAAAGGGUCUCACGAUCUCAGUUUUAUGUUUUGCUUUUCCUAACUCCUUUUUAUGUUAUGCGUGGGUUGAUCAAUGGCGGUUCGAUCUUGUUCGAUUUCACACGUCCUUUGAUAUUUUCAUUCUUUUCUUUUGCUAUUUAUCUGUGUCUGCAAUGACAUUUAAUGUCUGAACGCUGGGGAUUUGAUGUAUCUAUUGGGUUCGAUCUGUAAAUUA